AUGCUUUUCCAGCCGACUCAGCUCGUCAUCCUUGCCCUCGGACUCCUGUCCGCGACCGCGACCGCUGCUCCCACCGAGAUUGAGCACUUGGAGGGCCGCGCCGAGGUCAAGGACAUUGGUGCUUGCUACAGCUCCAGGUUCACUUGCGCCUUCCAGGGAUGCCUUGCUGGUUACACCUGCUCUCAGCACACUGGAGGCACCAGCUACUGCUGUGUCAAGUGGGGUUCCACAGGUGGUGGCUUCGAACUAUUCAAAUGA